AUUAAGUUCCGUCUGUCGUUGACAGAGGGUGCUUCCGGUCACCUAUGGAUGGAUCUAUUAUUGAAUAGAAUUUUUAGUUGAGUGAAAAAUGUUGCUAUCGCGAAGUGCAAGAAUUUUGAAAAAUGCAUAUCAACUUAAAGGACACAAAAAUGUUGCAGUAAAUUUAAAUCGAUCCCAUUAUGAAUGGAGUUAUCGUUCUGUACCUCCACGAGAUACGAAAUGGGUAAUAACAACUGAGAUAGUUGCUGGUAUAGGAUGGUGGUGGAUUCUGUAUUCUUUCUGGCACCACAGUGACCAUGUUUUUGGAGAAUUUGAGUAUCCACAUCCAGAUGAUUGGACUGAUGAAGAGUUAGGAAUUCCUCCAGAUGAAUGAAUGAUAAAUAGGAUUUCUGUAUAUGUACAAAAUACAUGAGGUUUCAUAUACACUAGUGGAUUUAUAUCUUUUUGUUCCUUGAACCAAAGCAGAUAUAUCUGAUAUAUCAGAUAUAUUAGUUGGCAUGUAGCUAAUUUGUAUAGUACUGUUCUAAUAAAUAUAUCAAA